GCCUAACAUUUCUUCUUCUUCGUCUAGUAUAUAAUUUUGGAUCCAAAAUUCAUUUCAACACAACAAUGCAUUUUCUAUAAUCCCUUUUUCCGAUCACCGUUUCAUUCACCUCAAUUCAACCGAUUCCGUCAAAUUUGCCGCGAAAAUCUUUUCAUCAACGAUGGCGAACAAGUACAACAUGAAGAAUCCCGCCGUUAAGCGGAUUCUCCAAGAGGUCAAAGAGAUGCAAUCCAAUCCUUCCGAUGAUUUCAUGAGCCUUCCUCUCGAGGAGAAUAUAUUUGAAUGGCAAUUUGCGAUUAGGGGAGCUCGUGAAACUGAAUUUGAAGGUGGCAUUUAUCAUGGAAGGAUACAGUUACCAGCUGAAUAUCCAUUCAAACCUCCUUCAUUUAUGUUGUUAACACCUAAUGGUCGUUUUGAGACUCAAACUAAGAUUUGUUUGAGCAUAUCAAAUCAUCACCCUGAGCACUGGCAACCAUCGUGGAGCGUACGGACUGCUCUAGUUGCCCUUAUUGCAUUCAUGCCCACCAACCCAAAUGGUGCAUUGGGUUCAUUAGACUACAAGCAAGAAGAUAGGCGAGCCUUGGCCAUUAAAUCCCGUGAAGCAUCUCCAAAAUUUGGGACUCCUGAACGUCAAAAACUGAUUGAUGAGAUACAUGAGUAUAUGCUAAGCAAGCCAAUCCCAGUUGAGGGACCAAGCCCUUCACAGGCUUCUGAAGAACCCAAAAAGGAGGAGGCUGAGACCCAAGUUACUUUGGAAAAUACUGAGGCUCUACCUGCAGGAGAAGGGAUUCCAGAUCAAGCAGGUGACAGAAUUGUUGAAGAACAAGUCCCUGCCAAUGUUAAUCCUAACCCAGCAGGAGUUGAAGCAUCAAAUGAGAUUCCAUCUGGCGUCUCAACCAAUCAGUUGCCCCGAACGUCAGAUACAAGGGUUCAAAAUCUGAAACCAGGGAUAAGGGUUCAAAAACCUGAUGACCGAUUGUUCACUCUGGCAGCUAUUGGACUUGCUAUUGCAAUUAUGGUUCUUUUGCUGAAGAAAUUCAUUAAAUCUACAGAACAUGGAGCAGUUUUCAUGGAUGGAUCUUAGGUGUAUUCAUUGUUCAUGUGAGCUCCAAAAUCAAGAUUCUUAUUAGACCCAUGUUGUCGUUAGGAAUAUCUUGCACUCAUAAACUCAACUGAUAUUUGAUGGCCCUGUUAUUGUAUUUAUGUCGUGUAAUUAUAUAUUGACCAAUGUCAAUGACAAAUCGAACAUACUAUAUUGUCUAGAAAGUUUAUGAUGUCUUUUUUCGCAUCACAUACAUACUAUAAAACCAGUCAAGUCUGCAAGUUA